AAAGGAGUUUCCGGCUUACACGCGAUGAAUCGAGAAGUCUCCCUCGGCCGGAACCUCUCCAUCUUAUAAGCUCUGCGAUAAUCAUUCGGGAACCCGAAUUGCGACUUCGUUGAACCCUUCAGCACUUUCGAUUAAAGCUUUGUUUCUUCGUUUUUCUUCUACUUGUUCUUGGCGUUUCAAAGAUGUGGAAUCAGCAGAGGAAGUAUGAUGUGGAGAGCGGAACAACGCCGCUGUACCCGACCAUGCUAGAGAGCCCACAGCUCCGAUGGGCUUUCAUUCGGAAGAUCUACUCUAUCAUUACCAUCCAACUACUCGCCACCGUUGCCGUCGCCGCCACGGUUGUUUAUGUUCCAUCAAUCUCUACCUUCUUGAGCACUACUAGGGCAGGCCUGGCCGUAUACAUCAUUCUCCUUUUUAUGCCCUUCAUAACGUUGAUACCGCUCUCCUGUUACGCUCAGAAGCACCCCGUCAAUUUGGUUCUAUUGGGUAUUUUCACGGUAUCUUUUUCGUUCGCGAUUGGAUUGACUUGCGCGUAUACAAGCGGGAAGGUCAUUCUUGAGGCUGCAAUUCUAACUGCCGUGGUUGUGGUGAGUCUCACUCUGUACACAUUUUGGGCAGCCAAAAAGGGCUAUGAUUUCAGCUUCCUUGGUCCAUUUCUAUUUGGUGCUCUGGUUAUCCUCCUGAUAUUCGGUCUGGUUCAGGCCUUCUUUCCAUUGGGUCGGACUUCAAUGAUGGUUUAUGGAUGUAUAGCAUCCAUCAUCUUCUGUGGAUACAUCGUCUAUGACACCGACAAUCUCAUAAAAAGAUACUCAUACGACGAGUACAUCUGGGCUUCUAUUGCCUUAUAUUUGGACAUCGUCAACCUUUUCCUCUCACUAUUGUCUAUCUUCAGAGCAGCUGAUAAUUGAAGAGGGGCUUGGUUUUCUUUGUGGUUAGAUUUUCAUCGGCUUUUCCCUUUAUGAAACUCUAUCACUGGUAUUAAUAAAUGGUGUGUAAACUUCAUAUAUUUCUCUCCGAUUAAUAGCACCAUUACAAAAGCAUCAAACUGUAAAGGUUUCUGUUGCUGUUGAUCAGGUGGUAGAUUGAAUCUCAUACCCAUUGUAAGUUGUAACUAAACUGUCUACUGCUUUUCAAUAUAAGUAUCAGAAUUAGAUUUGUA